GAAUGUUUUCCCCUCUAUCCAUUCCACCUUUUCAGGUAUUUAGCAUCGUACUUCGAGUAAGAUUUUGUGAAUCUUUGUGGAAAGUAUUCAGAAACCUUUUUCAUUUUCCUUUUUAUUACGAUCGUUCGUUUUGCGGGUUAAAUAGAAAGUUCCGAUUGAUAAAAGCCAUCAAGCAGCUAUGAUUUCAGGAGGGAUUUUCUUAACAGCGUUUUUAUUUAUAGAAUGCGUCCUCUGUGCCAACACAACACAAGGAGUAACAACCGCUCAGUUAGUGACAGAAUUUGUCAACCCUACCAUACAACCAGGAAGGAAUUGUUCCAAUGCCGCUUAUUGUUUUGUGAGGUUUAAUUCAAGAGUAACUGCUGAUCCAAGUAACAAGAUUUUUGUUUGCAGUGAAUUGCAAACUCUUGUGUCAUGUCUCCGCGGAGUUAUUGAAUUUUGUGAUGAAGGAGAUUCCAUCAAAGGUUCAGACCGGUAUGUCAUUAUGAAAGCUCUUGCGGACUCUUGCAGGUGUACUUCAGGAUCAUCUGGAAGCAUCUCGAAAUUUCGACUCUGGAAUGCCUUGCAUCUGCUGUUGGGAAUAGUUGUCUUGGGACUUUAGACAAAAAUGUGGACUAUGUGAUUUAACAAUGUUCAAAUAUAUUGUGCUUUCCAUUCAAUAAAUAAAAAUUAUAAAAAUAGA